CUGGUAGAACACACAACACCACGAAGUCACUCGCAACUUGUGCUUCUAGGUCAACAACGAUGGCCGACAAUCUGGUCAGUGCUCUUGAAAAAGUCCAUCUUUCAAACACUGUCGCAGAUGAUACGGCAGACGAUUGGAUAGACUCCAUUCUUGAGGAGCAACGCCCGCGCAAACGCAUCAAGCAAUCCCCAGAUGACCUCAAGCGCGAGCUGGAAGAGAAAUAUCUUACGCCAUCUACCUCAUUCUCCGCAGCUUGGCUCAAUAAGCUUCAACAGAGAUGGGAAGCCCCCACCGAUUUCACGACCCUGUUCAAAAUAGCGCCUACCCAAACCCGAACCAUAACUCGAUUUACGCGCGAAGGCCUGUCUGGCAGAGUGACAGGAUAUAGAGAGGUGACAGUUCCUGCCAAUAGUGCUACGGCGAAGAACAGUACAUCGUUUCUGCGCAAGCCUGCCAACAGAGCAGAUUUUGUUCGUGGUGCGGCAGGAUUCUUUCCCUUUGCGCCUGGCGGGUUGGAAGGUGUGGAAGCUGCAGCAGCGUUAGAGGAUCAAGCUUUAAGGAGUGGAAAUGAUGGACUGGCCACUGGAGGUUCAAAGGCAAAGCUGGAGCGGGUGAUAAAUCUUGGAGAUGGAGGGUUACUUGAGGUCGCGCCUGGUUUAAGCCGAGGCUUGGUUCUUGGGCAGAAGAAGAAGAGCGAAGGAGACGAAAAGGAAGCAGAGGAGAUUUUAGGCGUCUUAGACGAAGAGCCAGAUGCUGAAUUGGAUCAGGCGAAGGAGAAUGGGGCCAGUGCAGGAGAUUCGGGUGAUACUUCUGAAGAAGAUGGGGAAGAUGAUAUCGACUCUCUACUGCCAGUCGAGUUUCCGGCUUUGGAACCCCAUGGUGUACUUGCUGCCUCAAGUUCGAAGAGGGGUGGCAGAGAAUGGGCUCAUAUGGUUGAUAUCAAGCGGGACAUUACGAAUUUCAGAGAAUUGGUACCCGAUAUGGCGAGAGAAUGGCCGUUCGAACUCGAUACUUUCCAGAAGGAGGCCGUUUACCAUCUCGAAAAUGGAGACUCAGUGUUUGUGGCAGCUCAUACGUCUGCUGGUAAGACAGUGGUGGCCGAAUAUGCCAUUGCACUUGCAGCAAAGCAUAUGACAAAAGCCAUUUACACGUCACCAAUUAAGGCUUUGAGUAACCAAAAAUUCCGAGAUUUCAGACAGAUCUUCGAUGAAGUUGGCAUUCUAACUGGAGAUGUCCAGAUUGCACCGGAGGCAAGCUGUCUGAUUAUGACGACGGAGAUUUUGAGAAGUAUGCUUUACCGAGGAGCUGAUCUAAUCAGAGAUGUAGAAUUCGUUAUCUUCGAUGAGGUGCAUUAUGUCAAUGACCUCGAGAGGGGUGUGGUAUGGGAAGAAGUUAUCAUUAUGUUACCGGAACAUGUUACGUUGAUUCUGCUAUCAGCCACAGUGCCCAAUACGUAUGAGUUUGCAUCUUGGGUGGGGAGAACGAAACGAAAGGACAUCUAUGUUAUUUCCACACCAAAGCGGCCAGUUCCACUAGAGCACUAUAUCUGGGCGGAGAAAGGCAUUCAUAAGAUCGUUGAUGCUGAGAAAAGGUUCCUCGAAAAAGGUUGGAAGGAUGCCAAUGAUGUGCUCUCUGGUAGAGACAAGGUCAAGGCACUUCCACCAUCUGAUGCAAAUGCUCGGGGAGGCGGAAACGGACGCGGUGGUCGAGGUCAAAAUCAGCGUGGUGGGAAUCAAAGAGGUGGCGCGCGUGGCGGGGUACCCCAGAGAGGUCGUGGAGGACCUCCUCGGGCAAGUCAUGCUCCAGGCCAUAUGGGUCGAGGGGGCAGACCAGGGGGCCGAACGUCUGCUGCUCAAGACAAGACUCUGUGGGUUCAUCUCGUCCAGUUUCUCAAAAACGAGUCACUUCUUCCAGCAUGUAUAUUCGUCUUCUCAAAGAAGCGAUGUGAAGAGAAUGCAGAUGCUCUCAGCAACCAAGACUUCUGUACUGCAACCGAGAAGAGUGCGAUUCACAUGAUUAUCGAGAAGUCGAUUGCAAGACUGAAACCAGAAGAUCGUCUCUUACCACAGAUUGUACGAUUGAGAGAUAUGCUUGGUCGAGGUAUCGCAGUCCAUCAUGGUGGUAUGCUUCCCAUUGUCAAGGAAGUCGUCGAGAUGCUCUUCGCACAGACUUUGGUCAAGGUUCUCUUCGCAACAGAAACUUUUGCCAUGGGUCUCAAUCUUCCGACUAGAACAGUAGUCUUCUCGGGCUAUCGAAAGCAUGAUGGUCAUUCCUUCCGAAAUUUACUGCCUGGAGAAUACACUCAAAUGGCUGGCAGAGCUGGUCGACGAGGUUUGGAUCCCGUGGGGUCUGUAAUCAUUGUUGCGCCGGGCGGAGGCGAAGCUCCGCCAGUGACAGAACUACGUCAAAUGAUUCUCGGAGACCCUUCCAAACUCCGUUCGCAGUUCAGACUAACGUACAACAUGAUUCUCAACUUACUUCGUGUCGAGGCAUUGAAGAUCGAGGAGAUGAUCAAGCGAAGUUUUAGCGAGCAUGCUACGCAACAAUUACUUCCUGAGCACGAAAAGGCAGUCAAGGUGUCCGAGGCAGAUCUGGCAAAGAUCAAACGCGAGCCUUGCAACACUUGUGAUCCAGAUCUAGAGGCUUGUCAUCAAGCUUCUCAGAAUGCCAAACAACUCACAUCAGAUCUACAUCUUGGCCUUCUCGCCACACCUGUGGGGCGGCGAAUGUUCUCUGCAAAGAGACUGAUUGUUUACAGCAAGGACGGCAUACGAACUCCCGGAAUACUCCUUCGUGAGGGAGCCACAGGUGGAGCUGCUCCAACAGUACAUGUACUGGAAGUUAAGACCCGAAGAGACCAACGGGACUCUACUGAUCUGCUACCUUAUUUGCCGAAGUUUCGAAAGUUGUUCACAAAGCUUCCUGCAACUAAGAAGGAAGUCAACGUCAAAACCCUUCAGAUUCCAGUUGCAGAUAUUGAGUGCGUAACGGAUACUGUGGUCAAAGGUGUGAUACCAGAAAUCUUCGGUGUGAAAGAAGUGCAUCAAAUCGCGAAGGAAAAGCUUGCGCAGCUUUGCCAGUCCUGGGAGUCUGAUGAAUGGAAUGAAUUGGACUGGAACAAAUUGAAAGACAUGCAACUGCGGGAUAUUCUCAUGAAGCGGCUUGAGGAAUCGACAAUUGCUCAGAAAUCGGCAUGUCUGAAGUGCCCACAGUUCAUGAAACACUUUGCAAUGUGUCACGACCAAUGGCUUAUCCAGGAGAAUAUUUCUCAACUAAGGCAAUUGAUGUCCGACCAGAAUCUUCAACUGCUUCCCGACUAUGAGCAACGAAUUCAAGUGCUUAGAGAUCUUGAUUUCAUCGACGACAGUUCCCGAGUUCAACUCAAGGGCAAGGUAGCCUGCGAGAUCCACUCGGCAGACGAACUCGUGCUCACAGAGCUUAUUCUUGAUAACGUCCUCGCACCUUACGAGCCAGCCGAAAUUGUGGCCCUCCUCUCCGCCUUCGUCUUCCAAGAGAAAACCGACACAGUUCCCAACCUGACAGGUAAUCUCGAGCGGGGCAUGAAAACCAUCAUCGAAAUAUCCGAGAAAGUCAAUGAGCGCCAAACUUACCACCAAGUCAUCCUAUCCGCUGAUGACUCCAAUGAUUUCGUCUCACGUCCCCGAUUCGGGUUGAUGGAGGUGGUGUAUGAAUGGGCUCGUGGUAUGAGUUUUAAGAAUAUAACUGAUCUGACAGAUGUGCUCGAAGGCACCAUUGUGAGAGUCAUCACGCGGCUGGAUGAGACUUGUAGAGAGGUCAAGAAUGCAGCCAGGAUUAUUGGUGAUCCGGAACUGUUCACAAAGAUGCAGACAUGUCAGGAGAUGAUCAAGAGAGAUAUCACUGCCGUCGCGAGUCUAUAUAUGUGAUUGUUAAAGCUUGCACGAGGCCAUGAGUUAUGGAUGACGAGGUAUGACUACAGUGGGAUACGAAGCAUAGAUUGCGUCGAAAAUGGCCUCGUUCGGAGACUACAAUCUAGAAUAAUAUGGCUGCAUAACAGUACAUAAGCCUUUGUCGACUCAGCUCUGGAGACGCCUCGCGUUCGAACAAGGGAGUUAUGAUGUUUUUGUUCUCAUUACUACAUGUUUGUGCUCUUCGAUUUUCUCAUUUGGUGAAUCUCGCUCCAAGAGUUCACCCAUGUAAGCCAUGGUCCACCGUCCCAUCGAGAGCUGGAGAUCUAUUCGAUCUUAGACCUGCCAACCUCAGCACGACCACACCUCUAUGACCUUUACCAUCUUCAUGCUUUCGUUCCACCCCAUGUCUCUACUACCUGAACGAUAAUCUCGUGGCCACUCCAUCCCCUCACCCCUCGGAUUCUCUAUCUCCCUCUGGUAUUUUUGUCUUUUCACAACUUCCCAGUAUUUCCACUUCCCCAUGCGAGCUAUAAUAGUGCUUCCAAGCCGCUUUCUCCUCGAAGUACACCUGAAAACAAAUGGGGCAAGAGUAGUAAUUCUGUCUGAGCUUUGGCAUGCUUGAUAUGUGGGUUUUCUAGAUGUCUGUAUACUUCAGGGACUCGGUUUUUGAGUUCAGGGCUGCCAGGCGGUGCAGUAUUUCAACUCGGGCAGUCAAGCUAGACUUGUCCUUCUUCUGCUUUGUUUGCUGUUAGGGGCUCGAGUUGUGGAAAGCAUGUUCGAUGAAAACCUGAAGAUGUGUAAACUACAUGCCGAUUUAUAGCUCAUCAACGUGGACUAUGGGAGUGGUGACUGUAAGGAUUGUAGUACAAGCUUUCUUUUCGGAUAAUUUCUACUCAAGAAGAUAUUUUGUGCAAUCUGAUGAAUCAAAGGAAAGUCUGAUAGAUGUGAAAAUUUAGGAAAGAGGUUGCAAAAAUAGCAGUUGAGCUGAAAGAAAACUGGUUGCACCAUGAAUAUGUUGAUUCAUGCUCACUGCCUAUCUCCACAUCAAGACUUCGAAAUAAAUUGAAUGGCAAAAUAGAGGUCUUGAAUCAAGCCUCCCCAUGUUCUACCUCGUUUUGAUCACGGGAUCUCGCCUUCCACUUGCCCUCAGCACAUCGCUCCGAAUAUCUUCGAUUCACGACAAUGGAUGCAUUCACAAUCAGCACAAAUUGCAGAACAAAUCUCAACUCUGAACCUACCAAGAAGGACAUCCACACACUAGUCAUGGCAUUAUAUUUGGAGGGAGGCAACGCCUUCGCAGUUGCACUACUGCCACCUUACGUCUAGCCCAGCUUGAUAGCCAACUCUGCUUCGGCCUUUUUUUUCUCUUCAUUUGGCUUGCCUUCCCAGCAUGGGCCGUUUCUUCACAACGACAUAUCCACCGAGCCCUUACACAUCUACGACAUGCAGGUUUGGUUCAGUCACACAUUGUCUUCUCAUCUCUGCAUGCUGUGCAGCCAGGUCGACCCGAAGGCGACUGCCCUCUACGAUUGGCUCUCAUCAUGUAGACAGAUAUCAGCACCUAAGAGCGCCAAGCCGCUAAUCAGAGUCAACAAUGGCAUCUCUUCAAGGAGGCAGAAGCAACCGUUAAUCGACAGCAACAGCAGCGCAUCAUCGACCAAAGGAAACUCUCACAAGUCCAUCUCCUGCGGACAAUUUAGCUCUACACAGGCUAUUGUUGAGCAUCAGGGA